AUGGACCCGCGCAACCACCCCGAGCAGGUCUCUCUGUCCCCCGUCAACCACACUGUAGACGGCCGCAUAGGCGGCAGUACCCGUCUCCCCGACGAUGCCUUACAUACCAAUGGCGAGCAGACCACUGUAGCCUUUGUAAAAGGCGGGAAGCGCAAGCGACUCAGCAAGGAAAUUCCGGCGCGCGAUCAGAUAUCACGUUCGGGCGAGCCAUCACCUCCGCAUCCCCCGCUCUCAACAGAUGAAGAGUAUAUUGCGGCGCCCAAGCGCAAUCGCUCAAAUCCUACCGCCGGCACGGCUUCACAGCUUUCCCCGAUCCUCCACAAAGUUCAACAGCCACAAUCUAAGUUGUUAGACCGCGAUACCACCCAUGAACUUGUGAACCUGUUUUUUGCGCACUGUAAUCCCCACCGCAUGAUAUUCCAUAAACCGUCAUUUUCCGCCGAGCUCAGCCACAAUCGGCUACCUGAAUAUCUUGUCCUGGUGGUCUGUGCAGUAGCCGCGCCGCUGUCCAAAUCAGUGUCGUCCACAGCAUCGAUUGCGCGCCUUGCGGGCGUGCCGUUUUACGAGGAGGCCGUCUCGAUAAUGUUCGACAAUGCGGGCCGCCUACUAAGCGAGCCUUGCCUUGCUACCGCGCAGGCGCUUUGUCUCAUGGAGAUGCACGAAGUCGCCGCGAGCCACUCAUGGACGAAGCAUUACAAGUACUUUGAUCUGGCCCUCCGCGUUCUCGAGGAGAGCCUCGAGGUGCACGUGCCGGACGACAAGGCGCGCCGCCCCGCAUCGCCGACGCCGCCGGAUUCGCUUGACAUGUAUAUCGAGCGCGAAUGCUCGCGGCGGUGCUUCUGGCUCAUCCAGCUGAUGGGCUGGAUCAACGCGAUCUACACGUACCGCCCGCUGCGUCCGCGGUGUGUCGAGAUGAUGGCCACCGUGCGCCUGCCCAUCGACGAGACGACGUUCGAUCUGGCCGUGCACUGGCACUCAGCAACGUCCGAGUUUAUUCAUGCUCCCGCGCCGCGUACACGCUACGCAUCGCAGUUUGGCCACGUCUUACGGAUACUGUCCCUUUAUUCGACAGUGCAGGCGGUAGUGGCCAUGGAUGAGAGCACAGUCCGCGAGGCGGCGUUGAGGGAUUGCCGCAAAGAUCUCGAGGAAUGGGACGCAUCGCUAUCGGGCCACUUGCGCUUCUCAGAGGAUAAUCUGGAAAAGCAAGUGUCAAUGUUCGACACUAGCUCCAAUACGGGAGCGUGGUGCUUCUGCUUCAUGCACGCACUCUACCCAUGUUCUUGUUUGGCACUCGCGGAGGGCGAAGGCCGAUUAGCCGAACCCGUUCCAUGGGUGCGCAAGCAGCUGGGGAUGAUCUUCGAUGCCACCGGUACUCGGGCUAAAAAUACCAUACUCUCGGCAUGCGUGCUAUGGUCCUACAGCAAGUACCAUCCGGACGAUCCACAGCUGCACAUCUGGGACCAUGAUUUCGAGAAGACGUGGGGAUUCAGCGUCACCGUUGUCGCACACCAAUGGCGCGAAGUACAGGCGAAGGAGCGGGCGGCGAACUCGCCGAAAAAUAGCCCGCCACAGCGCGAGCAGGCAACAGAACCAGCCGCCAAUUCCGCGAGCGUGGUAAACGCGGCGGAGAGACACCCCGUGGAUCUGGGCGAGCAACCUCACGGAGAUGCGGCGGUGGUCCAGCGAUACGACUUUAUACCCCAGGGGCAGUAUCAGCGGACGGUGGAUACCACUGCAGCUGAGCAGAUCGUUCAAGCUCCGCUAUUGAGACCUCAUCGUGACCCUGCGCCGAAUCUGCCCUCGCUGAAGGCGAGUGGUCUGCUCGAUGCGAGACCACCCUCUGAGGCCUUCGCGAACGGACUGACGAUAUCGUCGCAAUCGCCAUUGCACAGGGACGACGAUCGAAGAUCCAUGGCGACGCUGCUCAACUCGCCUGUGCAGCUGAGGGGAAACAUGGCAUCAGCUCCCUGGGCGUGA